AUGACGAACAGAAUGAACCUAUUGGCCAAUGUCAGUCCCCGUUCUACUUCCAAGCAGUCCACGGUGGAGUUACAUGUCGUCGCGGCGUCUGGCGAGUUCGUUGGCACGUUUAUGUUCCUUUUCCUCGCCUUUUGCGGCCAUAAGAUGGCAGUUCAAACGCAACCCGGGAACGCCAAUGGUCCAGACGGCACGAAUGACAACAGCACAGUCGUGUACAUUGCUCUGGCCUACGGGUUCAGCCUCCUGGUCACGGCUUGGGCAAUGUACCGCGUCUCCGGGGGACUCUUCAACCCGGCUGUGACUCUGGGGCUCGUGCUCACAGGCCAUGUCCCUGCAGUCAGAGGCCUGAUUUUGCUAGUCCCUCAAUUGCUCGGAGCCAUCUGUGCAGCCGGUAUCGUCGCUGCCAUCAUUCCAGGUCCGACCUCGAUCGUACAAACGACCUUGAAUUCCAGCAUGAAUUCCGCUCAAGGUGUGUUCCUUGAGAUGUUCCUCACUAGCAUGCUUGUCUACACCGUCAUCAUGCUGGCAGGCGAAAAGAGCAAAGACACAUAUAUUGCGCCAGUUGGCAUCGGACUGGCAUUGUUUGUCUGCGAGGUUGCUGGUGUCUUUUACACAGGUGCUUCACUGAAUCCAGUGCGCAGUUUUGGCCCUUGUGUUGUCGGGAUGAACUUCCAGAGUUAUCAUUGGAUAUACUGGGUCGGGCCAUUCCUGGGCGCUUUGGUGAGUGCCGGGUAUUAUGGAUUUGUCAAGUACUUCAACUAUGAACAAGCAAAUCCUGGGCAGGAUAGUACUGGUGGCGGACUUGAGGGUGAGGAGUCAUAG